UGUUUUUUAAAAUCGCGGAAGUGUAGAUACACAGUUGUGUGUCGUACAGAGUGCACAGUUGUAUGUAUUUGUAAGUGUUUUACAUUCCUUCUAAAAAGACCUUAAGGUUGAACGUUUUCUCUCGGACGUAAAAAUGGAGGACGACGCUCCUGUCAUUUACGGUCUCGAGUUUCAGGCUCGGGCAAUGACUGCACAGACAGCUGAAACCGACGCCAUUCGCUUUCUUGUGGGAACACAGUCUCUGAAAUUUGACAACCAGAUUCACAUCAUUGACUUUGAUGAUGAGAAUAACAUCAUUAAUAAGAAUGUCCUCCUGCACCAAGCUGGGGAGAUAUGGCACAUUGGAGCCAGUCCUGCAGAUAAGGCUGUUCUUACCACCUGCUACAACAAAACCAGCGACAGCAGAGUCGUUUCCUGUGCGGCAGUAUGGCGGAUGCCGACCGACUGGGAAACAGGUAGCCACGAGUCACCCGAUGACACCACCCACAACCCGCAAACCCUGGAGCUACUCUGUCACCUUGACGACAGUGCCCAUGGAAACGCAGCCUGUGUGCUGUGGGAACCCAUGGGAGACGGCAAGCGUGUGAUUUCGUUGGCUGAUAACCAUGCACUGCUGUGGGACCUGCAAGAGAGCUCUACACAGUCCAAGCUCUCUAGCACCGCUACACUGGAGGGCAAAGGUCAGCUGAAGUUCACCUCAGGGAAGUGGAGUCCGCACCAUAACUGCAGCCAGCUCGCCACGGCCAACGACACGGCCAUCAGAGGCUGGGACCUUCGCACCAUGAGUCAGAUCUACUGCAUAGAGAACGCUCAUGGGCAGCUGGUGCGUGACCUGGACUUCAACCCCAACCGUCAGUACUACCUGGCCAGCUGUGGAGAUGACUGCAAGGUCAAGUUCUGGGACGUCCGCAACGUCCAGGAGCCCGUCAAGACCCUGGAGGAGCAUUCCCACUGGGUGUGGAGCGUCCGCUACAACCACAGCCACGACCAGCUGGUGUUGACGGCCAGCAGCGACAGUCGACUCAUCCUGUCCAACAUGGUGUCCAUCUCCUCGGAACCCUUUGGACAUUUAGUGGACGACGAGGACCUGAGUGACGGGGAGGACAACCACCAGGACGACAAGAGUAAGGAGCCGCUGAAGGACAGCGUGGUCUCCACCUACGAGGAGCAUGAGGACAGUGUGUACGCCGCCGAGUGGUCAUCAGCUGACCCCUGGCUCUUCGCCUCGCUCAGCUACGAUGGACGUCUCGUCAUCAACAGGGUCCCACGAGCCCUCAAAUACCGCAUCCUGCUCUGAGGCGGGGGAGGAGGGGGAGGGAGAGAGGGAGGGGGGGUGUGUUGUUGUACAGUUAGAAGGUGAAAGAGACGACCAGCGCCUCCUUCAGUCAGAUUUUGUUUCCCACAGUGUGUAAAUAUAAGAAACUACGAUUGAAGACGUUGUCGAUAAAUGUCUGCGUUAAUAUAUAUAAAAUACAAAAAAAAA